AAUUUUUCAAUUUUGAGCUAAAUUUAAUCUUUUGAAUUGUUAGACAUGUUUAAAAUUUUCAAUGAUUUUCUGAAACUUGCCAAAAAGAUUCCAAAAUAUGUAAGUUAAGAAAUUUUCCAAUAAUUUCGAAAAUUCUGAGUUUUCCGAAUUAUAAUGAAUGUUGAAAUUCCGAAAAUUUUUAGAAAAUAAUUUUCAUUCCGAACUUUUGCGGAAUGGAAUUGAAUCCCCUAAUUCCGAUCCGAUAUGAUCCUUCUGAAAAUCAGCCAUACUAGUAAGCUUUGGAGCAUAAAUAGCUUUGCCUCUCAAAUUUGUCAAUUCUAUUUUGUUUUUCUCUUUUCUCUUUACCCCAACCAAGUCGACUCAGAAAAACACAAUGUUCUUCCUCCGAGUCCACUCAGUGGACACCAAUCACCCCCUCAGCCUCGAAGACGCCGAGUUCACCACUAUCACAACUUCCAAGAUCACCAGUGCUACUGAAUCAAACCCUAACACCAGCCCCAAAUUCAGCGAGCGAAGAGGCAUAGCUCACCUGUUCCGAAGCAUAGGGCACUCGUCGCUGCCAAACAGUCCUGCCUCUCGAUCCACUCUCCUCUUCGUCAUUGCUGUUCCCAACUAUCUCUCCUUCGACGACUUCAUCCGCUUCUGUGGGUCCCGAAUCGACCAUGUCCUCGAACUCGUCUUCAUCAGGAACGAUGGGAUGGAAGAUCGGUACAGUGUUUUAGUUGAGCUGAAGAAUCAGAUGACCGCCGACGGAUUUUAUCACACUUUAAAUGGGAAGAAGUAUUCGCCUGGAGAGGCUGAGGUGUGCCACAUUCUGUUUCUGCUUUCUGUGGACUACACAGAUUCAGAUGAAAUAGCUGGGACUCCACCACAAGGAUGUACUGAAUUACCUACUUGCCCAGUUUGCCUUGAGAGAUUGGAUGCAGACACUAGUGGAAUAGCAAGUACACUUUGUGACCAUUCAUUUCAAUGUCCAUGCAUUUCAAAAUGGACUUAUUUAUCUUGUCAGGUUUGCCGAUUUUGUCAGCAGCAGGAUGAAAAGCCAGCUUGCUCUGUAUGUGGAAUAUCUGUGAAUCCCUGGGUUUGUGUAAUAUGUGGUUUUGUAGGAUGUGGAAGAUAUACAGAAGGCCAUGCUGUUAGGCACUGGAAGGAUACACAACAUUGCUAUUCUCUUGAGUUGAACAGGCAGCAGAUCUGGGAUUACGUUGGUGAUGCUUAUGUUCACCGCCUGAACCAAUCGAAAAUUGAUGGCAAGCUAAUAACUGAUACGGAUUCUCAAUGUUUGUCAGUGGAAAGGGAUUGUGACAGGUGUGAAUGCAGUGACGAUUCUGGAAUUAGUGGAGCCCUCUAUAGCAGCAAAGUUGAAACUAUUGUAGACGAGUAUAACCGACUUCUUGCAAGUCAGCUUGAGACUCAAAGACAAUAUUAUGAAGCUCUACUUAUGGAGGCCAAAAGUAAAAAGGAAAGUUCAACUUUAGAAGCAGUGGAGAAGGCUGUAAAUUCCAAGAUGCUGGAUAUUCAAGCGAAACUAGAGAAAUGUCUUGAGGAAAGAAAUGCUGUUGAAGAUAUCAACAGUAAUCUCAUCAAGGACCAAGAAACCCGGCGCGGGAAGUUGAAGGAAAUUGAAGUGAGGUACAUAUUGUUUUCUCUCCUUCAUUGA